AUGAUUGACAGGGCCACGAAUUGUGCGGAACCCUAUCGUCCCUGGGUAGUGAGCGCCCGCCCUGCAUCACGCCCAGCAUUAGUGACUCCGCUCACUAUCGGGGCCCACAGGACGUCCCUAGAUGAGGGUCCAGGCGAUCGCUCCCGAAGCCCCACGCCAGCGACUCCUACACCAAGUUACGUCGUCCCCCACACACAGGAUACCAGUGUUGUUGAAAUGAAGACUUUAGGAAGCUAUGUUGACUCAGAGUACAAUUGCUACCAGAUGACCCCAUCGAAUAUUUUGAGACGGUCAGACGCAGUAAACACAAGCCACCCUUCGAAGAAUGAAAGCUCUGACGUCCGGCCGUGGAGUGUAUCGCUGAAACCGCCCUCUUCGUCGGAGCUUCUGCGGCGAAGGCGGAGACAGGCGGCCAACGCCCGCGAGAGGAAGAGGAUGACGAGCCUGAACGUGGCCUUCGACCGUCUUCGCGCGACAUUACCGCGGGCGUCGCAUCGCCUCUCCAAGCACGACACCCUCCAGAUGGCUCUCUCCUACAUCGCAGAGCUCUGCCAUCUGCUGCACUGA